GCGAUGCGGCAGAAGUAUUACGUUGAAGUGGCUGCUCGGGGCCUGGUGGGAAGCUGCCCGGGCCAGGCCCGGUACCUCCUAUGGGCCUACAGUUCGACACACGAGGAUAACAGCACUUUUCAGGAAACAUGUCCACACUGCUUCCAAUUGUUGGUUCUGGAUAACUCUAGAGUGCGCCUCAAACCUAAAGCCAAAUUGACACCAAAGAUACAGAAACUUCUUAAUCGAGAAGCAAGAAAUGAUACACUCAGUUUUAAAGAAGCGAAACUGUUGAGAAAGUAUAAAGACUCUACAAGUGUGCUGCUGAUUACCUGUAGAACAUGCAACAGAACAGUGAGACACCAUGGUAAGAGUAGAAGCUUCCUGUGGGCUCUGAAGAGCAACGCUGCCACUGCUGCCAACAAAGCCAGCCCGAAGACGCCAAAGAGAACGGCUCCAGGCUCUGCAAACCUUGGUCAGAGUACAAAUGGUUCCAAAGGCAAGAGUCCCUCCUUGACCAUCAGAACACCUACAUCUGGAAAGCCAACACCCAUUUGCUCCUCAAGGAAUGGGAGCAAAAGAAAGAAACACUUCUGUCAACUUAAAGCACUGCUUAGUCAGAGUGCAUCUGACAAGAACCCAAAGCUGGACUUCAGGCACUUC